AACCACUUUGUGUGUGAAAAGAUGGCCAUGGAGACAGAGCACCCCAACCAGACUGUGGUGAGCCACUUCUUUCUGGAAGGUCUGAUAUACACAGCUGAACAUCCUACCCUCUUCUUCCUCCCCUUCCUCCUCAUCUACAGCAUGACCUUGACCAGGAACCUCCUCAUUCUCAUAACUGUGGGCUCUGACCCUUACCUCUGCUCCCCUAUGUACCACUUCCUGGGGCACCUCUCCUUCCUGGAUGCCUGUUUGUCUACAGUGACCGUGCCCAAGGUCAUGGCAGGCCUCCUGACUAUGGAUGGGGAGGUGAUUUCCUUUGAAGGCUGUGCUGUACAGCUUUACUGCUUCCAUCUCCUGGCCAGCACUUAGUCCUUCCUAUGCACGGUCAUGGCCUAUGACGGCUCCCUAGCUAUCUGUCAACCCCUACACUACCCAGUGGCCAUGAACAGACGGAUGUGUGCAGGACUGGCUGGACUCACGUGGGCCGUAGCUGCUGUGCACUCGGCCAUCCACACCUCCCUCACCUUCCGCCUGCUCUACUGUGGUCCUCACCGCAUUGCCUACUUCUUCUGUGACAUCCCUCCCCCCCCCCCCCCCCCCGUGCUCAGGCUGGCCUGCACAGACGCCACCACUAAUGAGCUUGUCAUGCUGGCCAACAUUGGCGUUGUGGCUGCAGGUUGCCUGAUCCUCAUCGCUGUACAGGUCUUUAUCGCAGGGGCCGUGCUGUGGAUCCGCACGGCCUAGGGCCAGCGCCGUGCCUUCUCCACCUGCACCUCCCACCUCACAGUGGGGCUCCUGUACUACAAGCUACCUCUCCGCAUCUACCUGCAGCCUCACACCGGCGGGGCAGGAGCUGGGGCCCCUGCUGUCUUCGACACAGUCGUCACUCCCAUGCUUAACCCUUUCAUUUACACUCUGCGGAACAAAGAGGUCAAGCUGGCUCUGCAAAGACUUCUAGGACGAGGCUCGCGAGAUCCUCCAGCAGGCAGCUCACCCUCCUGA